AUGAUCAAAAAUCUUGAAUUGGCAAUUCUAAUUAAAUAUAUCCUCCUUUUAGCUGCUUACGGCAUGGGAGGAACCUAGUUCACUAAUGUCCCUAUCCUCUUCUAUCGUCCCUAAAAGAUAAUACCAGAUAUGAGCAAUCCAUCUGAGUAUUACUUCUCUGACGAAUAUCCAUAAAUUACAAGUAUUCCUAUGGUUCUCGACCUCUAUGGGGAUCGUGAGUUCUAUGAAGUUAUUAUUAUGACUAGUGGUUAUGUUGGUAAGUUUGUUGCAUAUAUUUUGCUUGUUGCCUUCCCUAUUAAAGAGCAAUACGAACAUUAUGCUGUAUACACUCCUAUCUUAGUUAUUGGUAUUGUCACAAGCAUAACUGCAUUUUAUUAGCAUGUUGUCCUUUUGACUAUCUCCUUUUUCCUUUGGUUUGGUUCUUUUUCUUUCUUAAUCGGUCUUAUUUUUUCUUACACAUAUAAGCACUUCAAAGGCAAAAUGAGUGAAAACUCUGUUAUUUACCUCAAUCUAACUUGGCCAGUUGUCAUGCUUACUCAUAUCUUAUUUGGAUACUUUGAUGGUCACUGGCGCAGUAAUAUGGUUUACUUUACUGGAUUUACUAACCUCAUAUUGGGUAUUUCCCUAUUCGCCAUUCACAGAGUGAUAUAAAAAUUAGAAAUAUAAUAGGAGCAACUCCAUCUUGAGACUGCCCUCUUAGAAAAUUAUCAAGAUACUAUGAAUUAUCAAACACAAUAAUAAGGAAAAGACAACACUAAUAAUGAUUUCGCUCAUUAAGUUUUAAUGCUACAUAAUGAAGACCAAUUAGUGUCAAAUCCUUAUUAAAAUCAUACAAAGAAAGGCAGUGAUGUAGAAAAAAAUUCUAAAAAGAACAAUAACAAUUAACACCACCAAACACCUUAAUUAAAUCCUGACACUUUAAUAAGUAAAGAAGACCAAGAUAAGACUUCAUUUGAAAUUUUAAAGGAUAACAUCAUGAUGUUCAAGAGAGAUGUCACUCAGCGCAACAAUAUUAUGAUCUGGUCUCUUGUUUGGAAUGUAGUAGGAGUAAGUUUUGUUGGAUGUGUUAUUGCUAUGAACAGAUUAGAAGGUAACUUGUAUCUCAACUUAGCAGUUUCUACUGUUUUUGAAUUGUUGGGAAAUAUUGCUGCUGUCUGGCUUAUGAGCAGAUUUUCUUUGAAAAACACUAUCAUGGCCUGCCUUUAUGUGAUGGGUUUCUCUUACAUUUUGAGUGUUGCUCUUGACGCCUGGGUUAGUGAUAACUCUCCCAUAUUAAAAACUUUAGCAUCUCUUCUUCCAGUCCUUGUAGCUAAGGGAACUCAUGAAACUAUGUGGAACAUUGUUAUUGAGUUCUAGAGAUAGGUAAUCAGAGUAAAAUAUCAUCAAUUUUCUUUUGCUGUAGCUAAUUUGUUUGAUAUGUCCAUAACUUCUACUUUGCCUACUUAUUAGUAUUUUAUGGAAAAGAAUGGAUUGAACUAAUUCUUAGGUUAUGGAAUUUAUGCAUUAGUAGCUGCCAGAGCAAGUGUAAACUUUAAAUUAUUUAAUAAAAACUCCACUGCAACUGUUAUUUCUAUGCGUCGCUCUUCAGUAAGCAAGCACUCAAAUUAAGCAAUCCCUAUUUCAAAGCUUAAAAAAUAAUCUGCUGAUUUAAACUAGCACUUUGAAGAAAUUGAGGAAGAUAACUGCAAAAACUGUAUUGAAAUGGACGAUCUCUCAAAAAAUAACACAAAUAACCAAUUAUAAAAGUUAAUUGCCCUCUGA